CUUGCGCGCGCUCCUCCUCUUUAAUUUCCUCUGGGAUUUCCCACAGCUUUGCAGCUCGCUCACCUGUGCCUGGGAAUAAAAGUAUUUAUUAUAUGGAAAUCUCGAAAUCUCGUUAUAGAUGGAGUUUCAAUCAGUCCCUUGUCACUCCUCCGUUUUAACCCUCCCUUCAUUUCGAUCGCUCCUCAUCUCGCCUCCUGCUCUCCAAUCCUGUCAUGUUGUGUCCUCCGCGAUGGGAAAUUAAAUGAAGUUGUCCGAGGGCAGAUGGGGGAUUUAAAGAAUGUAGACUGAGGUAAAAACGGAUCAUUUUGUCACGUGUCCGGCGUUGUGGAUUUGCGGAGGACGCGUUGAUCGCUCCACCGUGUACGAGACCUGUUAUCAAUAUCACAGAUUUACCGGGAAACCUCCGGUUAAUUCAUUGUUAAACUCUCUACCGCACGUACUAACGUUUCCAGGAUGGAAUCGGAGUGAGUUCGGAUCAUGUCAUGGAUGUAUUCAGUUUUGUCAGGAUGCCGAAACUAGCAGGCCAGAGGACCAAAGCCUCCGGCUGUCCUACGCCACCUCCAGGGAGCUGGGCCCCGACCCAGGCACCCCCCAAUGGCUGGGAUAUGGCGUCCUCUAGAGAGGGUCGUGACUGCUACAUCAAUCACCUCUCACAGUCCAGUUCAUUGGAGGAAGUGCAUGUGGAUGUAGAUAAAUUCGUCCCUCCUGCGCCGAGGAAGGUGGAGAUGAGACGCGACCCGGUGCUCGGCUUCGGCUUCGUGGCGGGCAGCGAGAAACCAGUGGUGGUGCGCUCAGUGACUCCAGGAGGUCCGUCAGAAGGGAAGCUGAUCCCGGGAGACGAAAUUGUGAUGAUAAACGACGAGGUGGUCAGCUCGGCUCCCAGAGAGAGAGUCAUCGACCUGGUCAGGAGUUGUAAGGAGUCCAUCGUCCUGACCGUGGUGCAGCCGUACCCUUCGCCCAAAUCUGCCUUCAUCAGUGCAGCUAAAAAGGCCAAGUUGAAGUCCAAUCCAGUCAAAGUACGCUUCGCAGAGGAAGUCAUUAUUAACGGACAAGUACCGGAAACUAUGAAAGAUAAUUCUCUACUCUUCAUGCCAAACGUGUUGAAGGUGUAUCUUGAAAACGGACAAACAAAAUCCUUUAAGUUUGACUGCAACACCUCCAUCAAGGACGUGAUUCUGACGCUGCAAGAGAAGCUGUCGAUCAAAAGCAUUGAGCACUUCUCUCUUCUGCUGGAGCACAAAACGGAGGGAUCUGGAACCAAACUAAUGCUGCUGCACGAGCAGGAGAUGCUGACGCAGGUCACUCAGAGGCCGGGUUUACAUAAGAUGAAAUGUUAUUUCCGCAUCAGUUUUCUUCCUAAAGAUCCCGUUGAUCUGCUGAGGAGAGAUGCUGUUGCGUUUGAUUACCUCUACGUUCAGAGCUGUAAAGAUGUGGUCCAGGAGCGUUUCGGCUCGGAGCUGAAAUACGACAUGGCGCUUCGUCUGGCGGCUCUACAGAUGUACAUCCUGACGCUCAGCACCAAACAAACACAGAAAGUCUCUCUUAAAUACAUUGAGAAGGAGUGGGGUCUGGCGCAGUUUUUGCCGCCUGCAGUGCUGUCCAGCAUGAAGGAGAAGAACAUCAAGAAGGCGCUCACACACAUCCUGAAAACUAACCAGAAUCUGGUGCCGCCUGGAAAGAAGCUGACGGCGUUACAGGCGAAGGUGCACUACCUGAAAUAUCUGAGCGAUCUCAGACUGUACGGAGGACGAGUGUUCAAGUCAAUAUUAGUUCAAGGUGAAAAACACUCCGAGGUCACACUGCUCGUGGGGCCGCGGUACGGCAUCAGUCACGUGAUCAACACCAAGACGAACCUGGUGGCCCUGCUCGCCGACUUCAGCCAUGUGAACCGAAUCGAGAUGUACACCGAGGACGAAAAGAACGUACGAGUGGAGCUUCACGUCUUGGAUGUAAAGCCCAUCACUCUUAUAAUGGAGUCCAGUGAUGCCAUGAAUCUGGCAUGUCUGACUGCGGGAUACUACAGACUUCUGGUCGACUCACGGAGGUCCAUCUUCAACAUGACCAACAACAGCAGCACUGCAGGGCACGACUCAAGAGGCAAACACAACUACCAGGCAAUCGACUGGAAUUACAGUUCCGGUGGAGGAUACAACGAGCCGCACAUUGAGUAUGCUCUCUGUGGGCAAAGAGACUGCGAUAUCGCCCCUAAUGCCAACGAAAUGCACCAGAUGCAGCAUCGUCCACAUGGUGACGAGAAAGGAGAGAGGGCAAUCAGAGCAAGCCACGUGCAUUCUCAUCCCUACUUCAGUAUCCCAAAGAGUAAGCCUCAAGAAUCGCCCAGAAACGCCAAGGUGUCCUUCAUAUUUGGCGACCCGCCGUUGGACAGCAUAAACCCACAGAACCUAGGAUACCAAAGGCUGAUGGAGGACAUUCCAGAAGUUCUAGAGGAACACAGGUACCUGUACGCCCAGCAGAAGGACUACAAGCCUCUGGAAGCAUCAAUGGAGGUUGAUGGCUUCCAGUACAGUUCUCACAUGGUCUACGGCGACGCUAAGAUUUUCGGUACAACGGAAGGCAUCGAGGAGCCAUUGUUGCGCGAUAUCUGCUACGCAGAAACCACCGAUGACGCCGAAGACGACGAUGACAUCAGUUGCGAGGAGGACAUGAUGAUGAUGUUGGGGGAGAUGAAAGACAAAGCAAACUCUUUCUUGUCGCUUUCGGAAUCUAGUGAUGACAUCAUCGAUCUUACCUCCCUUCCGCCGCCACCAGAGGGCGACGACGAGGAAGACAAUGACGUCCUUUUGCACUCACUAAACUUGGCGAUAGCUGCUCCACCUCCAGGGUUCAGAGAUAGCUCGGAUGAAGAUGACCACCAAGGGCCUCGUGAAAGGAAUAACGUAGCUCCGCUAAAAAACGACAUUCCUGUGUCUCUGAUCGAUUCAGUGCCGACACCGGGCGCUGGUGCUACACAGGAAGUGUUCAGUGACAAUGUUGUCUCCACUCUACAAGCUCUGGAGGCUUUGGCGGCCUCUGAAGAGCAGUCGCACCCACCGCCAACUGAUAGUUCAGGUGUAGAAAUAUCUCGCUCUUUUAGCCCCGAGUCCUUAUCGGAUUCUGGGAAUGAGACAAAUUCGUCUGAAAUGACGGAGAACUCGGAGCUGACAGCAGUUCAGAAACUCUCUGAAAGCUCGCUCAAAAUGCUUAUCGCGACAGCCGAAGGCUACCAAGCGCUAGCCGAGGAGGAAACCGAAUUUCGACUGACGCCCCUGGACAUCAGGGCAUCUCUACGUAAUCAGGAAGACGACCCUCAGUGCUCAGGUGUUCCGCGCAACAUGCUACACUCAGACCACUUCGAGAUGGAGCCUGAAAUCCUGGGAACAAAUUCACUGGCGGACUACUUAAAAAAAAUGCACUUGAUGAUGGGAAUGCCGCAGGGUAAGAUUGAGGAGCAAUCUUACAGCGGGGUGAAAUCCAGCGGCGAAUCCGAAGUCCAUCCGAUGAGCAUUCCUGAAUCGCAAGAAGAGGAAAUUUUUGGGACUUUUAACAGCUUCAACGUACUCGAUAUCCAACAUUCAGGUCCCUUUGAUCUCAACGGGAUGUCUUUUGCGUGUCAAGAACCGAAUCAGCAAUCGCACAUGAUUCUGAAUAAUGAAACCGAUGAGCACAUUUACUCUGAGGUGACCGGCGAUAGUGGGACGUUGAACGCACACAGGGUAACCCAAAAUGUGAACAAGAUUGAGUUGAGUGACUCUUCCGUGUUGGGAACAGGGAAGCACAUCACGGACUUGAAGGUGAGUUCGCCCGCGAAAGAACAAUAUUUAAUCGAGCGAUCCCGGAAUGAGCAUCAAACCAAAGCGGCUCCACGUGAACAGGAAGUGACACGGCUUUGCGAGUACCACCUGACCAAAAGGAUGUCGUCUUUACAAAGUGAGGGGAUCCAUUCCCUACAGAGUUCCCAGUGUUCAUCCAUUGAUGCCGGCUCCAGUACAGGAAGUAGUAGCUGUGUGACGCCAAUGGACUCUCCGCUAUGCACAGCAGAUAGUGCCCACUUGCAUGGCUAUCCAAAUCAGAACGUAGAUGCAACGAUUUUGCGGAAGCAUCAUGGAUCGGCCGCCACAGAGUCGACCGCUACUGCAGGCCGCGAGGGAAGCCAGAGGAUGCCCAAGCUCAGAGAAACUACAGUGUAACAUGCUGCGAAGAAGACAAACGAGACGACUGGUCUUCUGCUCUCAUGAUACGUCCAUGUUCAUCCAUAGCACAGAUUCCUAUGUGCCAAACCAGAGGCUAUCGGAGGUCUUAAAUGCUUCCUGGAUGAUUCCUGCACUCGGCCUCAAAAGACCCCGCCCCCACCCCCGCUCUGGUUGCCUCAGGGAGGCAGAAAUGGAAUUUAAAUCUGUAAACUUUGGCUCAGGGAGCAUUGACACUUUUAAUGGAAACUGCAACAUGUAGACGACCGUAAUGACCUCAACCAAAUCACUAAACCUAAAAGGAGCCGAUUACGAGAUUUAGGAACCCUGUCGUCCUUAAAGUCAACAUGAAAUGCAGUUCCCAAAUCAUUAUACUUCCAUAAUCUGAUGCAUUUCAAAAUAAAAGCGAAUAGUCCUCCAUCAGAAAUGUAUUGCAGUGCUAGUUUUUUCCCUUAUAUAUCAAAACAUCUUUAAACCAAGAAAAAUACUGUAGAAGCGGAAUGGCGUAAUUAAGUGGCGAAUGGCGAUAUUAAGUCUUGUUUUCAGAGAAAUCAAACUAAAUUUGGUGGGAUUUAUGCUUAAAACAAGAACAAACUAUUUGCCAAUCGGCUGAGAAAAAUAACCUUGUUUCCCCUUUGAAUCGGGUUUUUUAACUUACCCCAUUGGCGAAUCAUUUUUUCUCGUAAUAAGCAGAAAUCCCAUCAAAUUUCAUCCUAUUUUGCUGAAAACAAGACAAAAUACCAUCUGCGAUUUUGCUUCUCAAGUACAUUGAUCUUGUUUAAAGAAUGCUUACAUAUUUAUACUGGAAAAACAAGACAAAUAUAGGGUACAACGGGGCUAAAGGCACCCCUUAAGGAAAUUUUGCUUUUUUUUUUCUUGUCACAAAAUGGAUCAAAAUCAAAAAUACUUCUUUUUAUUGAACAUUGAUGAAGCAACAUCAUUUGUGUGAAAAUAAAUAAUAAUGGAAGGUUGUUUCGAUUACAUUUCAGUUUUAAACAAAAGGUGGUGAGGGAGCCUUUUACCCCUCUCUUGGGUUUAAAGUGAUAUCGUGUAGUUACCGCGGAAAUAGUUAUAGGGCGCCAUUUGUCAACUAAUAAUUAUGAGUUUAGUUUUUUCAAACACAUUUGGCAUUGUAUUACAUCUCAAGUAUUCUACAAACAAACUCUAUUAUGAUUGGAUGAGCCAAUGUGAGCCCACAUUGAACAUUUGUCUUAACAAAUCUAUUCGCCCCUUUAAAAGUCACAGUGUGCUAAAUAGGGACCUUUAGCCCCUGCAACAAGGGGGCUUUUUACCCCAAAUACUAUCCUUUCACUUACCGGACAGUUAUUGAACGUUUGAUUUAAUGGCAUAAAACUGAAAAUGAUAAAUAAGUGUUUUGUCUCAUUAGAAAUGUUAAUUUCAGGUAUUUUCAUUAGUAGCAUAAAUUUACAGCAUUUUAAGUCAUUAUGAAAAAUGUGACCAAAUUGCUUCAAAAUCAACCAUAAGACGCCACACGCAAAGAUCUCAUGGAUCAGGAAAACAGGUGUUUAGGAAAGUGCUGUGGUGGUUUUUGAUGCUGUUUAGUGUUUUGGGAGAAAAUAAAGUCAAUGGAGACUUCAGCCCCGUUGUACCCUACUCCAGGGCCAAAUCUAGGGGUGCUGGGGGUAGGCUUUGCGCUAACUUGAUGUGAUUUUGGCUCGACGUAGCCUGGUCCGAUUUCAUGUGCAUGAGCUUUGACAGCUGUUUGAAAUCCUCAAAGAGGCCAAAGUGUCAAUCAGUCUUGGCCUAUUUGAACAUUUCGUCUAUCUACAGUAUUUUGGGGAUAUUCAAAAGUGCGCUACGGGAAAACCGUAAGUCUGAUCAGUUAGAAAAUACAUAGCACAUUAAAUCAGAUCAAUAUGAAGGUUUGUGCCAAUUUGGAUGUAGAUUGAAAGCUCUGGGAGUUAUAAUUUAUCAUUUUGGUCUUCGUUUAGGGAUUUUGGAAAACCAUGAGACCAUGUCUUUCAGGCCAAUAUAAUAAUGUGCGUCGAUGUCAACUUUGAUUUCAUGUUGACUUUAACUUUCUAAUGGGCAUAAGUGAAUGGCAGAUUCACAGGUUUUCAAACAUGUUAAAGGCAAAUGACUUGAACAGAUAAAACAGGAACAAGACUCAUCAAUUCCCGUAUUGUUUUGGAUCGCGCGCACUAAGCUGAUUGCUCUGAGAAAUUGUCAAACCAGUUACUUCAUCUGUUUUAGCCACAUUUUGGGUCCAAUUUCCCAAGACUGCAUGUACAGAGCUUUUAUCUUAAUGCUCUGGAGAUUUUUUGGUUUAAAGCAAAAGGACUUUUCAAAACGCUGUUUGGGGUGCCGUCCCACCAAGCGGAAGCUCUACAGCGCAUGACGUGGAGUUUAGUCCCUUUAUUUACUUACUGGGAAGCUUUGGAAGGUUAUUUUGAUGUAUGCCGUUAUUUGGUGGUAGCAAUGGCCAUAUUUAAAGAAAAAAGAAAAAACACUUUUCUUUUAGCCAUAGUAAAGCCAUAGGUUAGCGCACCUGCUGUUGUCGAUCAAUGACGAUGACGAUCAAGGGAAUCUGGCCAUUGCAAUCCAUUGUGAUCGCAUAUGGCUUGUUUAUAUUUUGUGUAAUAUGUACAAUUAAAAUAAUUCUACAAUGCAUAUAAUUUUUAAAAGAAGUUAAUAUAUAUAUAUAUAUAUAAAUAUAUGUAUGUAUGUAUGUGUGUUUGUGUGUGUGUAUAAAAUUACACCACCUUAUUCAGUAGAUGCAUCCCUUGUUUGGUUUCACAUUGAAAAAGACAUGACGAAAGCCACUUUACAAUCUAUAAACUGUAAGUUCACAUCCUACACCAUUUAUUAUCAUUUGUUGUUGUGUUCUUAUUUGAUUGGCUAAUGCAAUGACAUAUUCAUGAGUACAUUAAAGUCAACGUGAAAUGCUGUUCGCAACCCGUUUUACUUCCGUUAUCUGACGUGUGUUUUCCGAGUGUAACGGGAUAUUCAACAAGAAAAAAGUUAAUGUUAUCCAUCGAAAAUUGAUUGGCUCUUGAAAAAUGGGGGUUUAAAAUGAAUUUUUGUGGCGUCAAGUUGUUUCAGAAGCGGAGCGAGUUAUUAUAUAUAUAUUUAUAUAUUUGGGUUUUUCAUAAAUCAGGAAAAUGCAUGAAGAAAGUAAAAAGGGUUUUUAUUUCAUGUUGACUUUGCAUAAUAAACAUAUGGUGCUUUAUUUGAAUUAUCAUCAUUAAAUAUUUUAG